CAUUCUGUAUAUGUCUGCAGUUAUUAAUAUGUUAUUGCAGUGGAAUUAAGCAUUAAAAGGUCUUAAAAAAUAAUGUGAAAACGAGCAGCUGCAAUAGACAUAGUUCUAUGGCCAUUUCUAUUAGUUGCAUCUUUAAAAUGUAUAAAAUUCCUACCCCGAGCUGCAGCGAAAAGUAAAUGGAAAAAUCUAACGUUUUACAGCAUUAGUGAACAAGGCCACACUGUCUACCCGCUUGUGUAAACUGAACUCUAACAGCUGCUAGUGGGUUAAACAACCAGAGGAGGGCGAAGAAGAUGUUACAUCCUGUGCCUGCAAACAGGAAGGGAUCCUGGGACUCCUCCAAUCCUUCUUUGUGAACCGUAGUUACAGGGGAAACGUGAGAUUGUAGACGCUUUCUAAUUCAGAGGAGAUGAGGAUACUGAGGACAUGAGGCGUCUGAGUGCAGAAGAGUCUGUGACAGAGUUACUGGCUGCCCUAAGAAAUGGCGGAUCCUACCAGCCCUGGUGAUCUGCAGGAGAAAUCCAUUUUAACUGAGGCUGAACUGGAAGAAAUAGCACCAAGGUCAAGAGAUUCCAGGUUACAUCUGUUAACCAAAAUAAGAAGUAGGUUUAGAUGUUCGGGAACAAUUGUGAAAUCCCUUCUACUAAAAUUUAUCCCAAUCCUUAACUGGCUGCCACGUUAUCCGGUCAAAGAAUGGCUCCUCGGGGACAUGAUUUCUGGGCUGAGUGUUGGUAUCAUUCAGCUUCCACAAGGUUUGGCUUAUGCUCUUUUGGCUGGUGUUCCCCCAGUAUUUGGCUUAUAUUCAUCAUUUUAUCCUGUAGUCAUCUACACCAUAUUUGGGACUUCACGACACAUCUCUCCAGGCACUUUUGCUGUAAUCUCCGUGAUGGUGGGAAGUGUGACAGAGUCAUUGGCUCCAUCUGAUAAUUAUAUGAUGCCAGGGAAUGAUUCAAUGAUUCUUGACACUGUUGCCAGAGAUGCAGACAGGGUUCAGGUGGCAUCAGCCUUAACAUUACUAGUUGGCAUUUUUCAGAUCUUAUUUGGACUCGUACAGGUUGGCUUUGUAGUAACCUACCUCUCUGAGCCCCUGGUUCGGGGCUACACCAGUGCAGCUGCCAUCCAUGUGACUCUAUCUCAGCUUAAAAGUAUCCUGGGUGUGGAGAUAAGUCAGCGGAGCCACCCAUUGUCUCUGAUUUACACCUUUAUCAAUCUCUGUUCCAAAAUCCCUCAAACCAACUUGGCUUCCCUUUUCUGUGGUGUUCUUGCCAUUGUUUUAAUGUUAACAGUGAAAUUUCUCAAUGAGAAAUACUACUCAAAGAUUCGGAUACCAAUACCUAUAGAACUGAUCACACUAAUAGUUGCCACUGGGAUAUCAUAUGGUGUAAAUCUGAACAGAGCAUAUGAUGUGGCUAUUGUAGGACACAUCCCAACUGGGCUACAGGCUCCCAUUGUACCAAGAACUGACCUGUUUGCCAGUGUGGUUGGCAAUGCUUUUGCUAUAGCCGUGGUUGUCUAUGCUUUCACAAUCUCUUUAGUUAAAAUGUUUGCUGUUAAACAUGGCUACAAUGUGGACAGUAACCAGGAGCUCAUAGCUCUAGGACUGAGUAAUUCUUUUGGAAGCUUUUUCCAGUGUUUUACUAUUGGAACAGCCAUGUCUCGGAGCCUGGUCCAGGAGAGUACGGGAGGAAACAGUCAGGUAGCUGGUGCUGUAUCUGCCUUGGUUAUCCUCAUCAUCAUUCUCAAGGCUGGUGAAUUGUUUGAGUCUUUGCCAAAAGCUAUACUGGCAUCAGUGGUUGUUGUAAAUUUAAAGGGAAUCUACAAGCAGUUCAUGGAUAUUCCAGCACUAUGGAGAUCAAACAAAAUCGAUCUGAUGGUUUGGUUGGUGACCUUUACAGCUACAAUACUCCUAAACUUGGACCUGGGUCUGGCUGUGUCAAUAGCGUUUUCCCUUUUGACCGUCAUAUUCAGGACCCAAUGGCCUCACUACUCAAUGCUUGGGCAAGUUUCCAGUACAGACAUUUACAGAGAUAUGUCGCAAUAUAAGCAGGCUUUCCAGAUUCCCGGUAUUAAGAUCUUCAGGUCUUCAUGUACUCUUUACUUUGCUAAUGCCGAAUUAUACGCAAAUGCUGUUAAAAAAAUGUGUGGUAUUGAUGUGGAUAAACUGAUUGAGCUGAAGAAGAAAGAAGCUAAAAAAAAGCAGCAGCUGAAGGAAAAGGCAGAGAAAGAGGAGAAGAAAGGGUUAAAGAAGCAGAAGAAGAAGUCUGAGAUUGCACAAGAAAAAGAGCUUGAAUACAUCCAUUCACACAACAUUGUUGUCAGGGAAUCACAGAUUGAAGUUUUAGGCAAUGAAGUUCUGGAGGAGACCACAUUAAACAGUGUGGAACCCAACAAAUGUCCCUUCCACUCGCUCAUCCUGGAUCUCAGCACUGUCAGCUUUGUGGAUACAGUCAGCAUUAAGAUCUUGAAGAAUAUAUUUCGUGAUUUUCAAGAAAUUGAUGUGACUGUCUAUCUGGUUGGAUGUCACGAGAAUGUUCUAGAACAACUGGAAUGUGGGAAUUUCUUCAGUAAGACCAUCACUAAACAUCAGCUAUUUUUUUCCAUCCAUGAUGCUGUCACUUAUAUUUUAAGGAUCCAUCGUAAUAAGCUGGUGGAAGAAGAAAAUUCUUGGUCUACAAAGAUAUGAAAGCAACGAUUUUCUACCAGCGCUCUUUAUAUGAAUAACCCGAUUCUAGGUGUUCAGGAUAACACAUGGACAUUACAGCUGCAUAAACUGCCAAGUAAGGGCUUUCCCUAGUGGCCGGAUUAUGUGAUAUGCCACUUCACUGUCUUUGAGAAUCAAACAAAAGGAACCAUCUACUGCUGCAACCGAUGAAUGAUAAGGAGAAAAUACAUAUCCCUCGUGCACAGAUGGGAGACCAUGUAUUAAAUCGGCAUUAAACUGGUGCUACCAUUUUAUUUUGGUGCUACCAUUUUAUAUUUAAAAUGUAAUAAAACAUGUUUUGU